CCCCAUAUUACUAUCGCGUACCACCAUCGCAGUCCCACACACUCGGGAAAGAGAGGCGGGGCCAACGUCGACGGCGGCAUAGCUCCGGCGAGCGGCGGCCGGCAUUGUCCUUGCGAUCCACGCGCUCACGGGGGAAAUUUCACCACCCACGCCCUUCCGCUCCCCGGCAGCAGCGCGGCACCACAAUUCACAAACCCCUACUCUACACCCCCAGAGCAGGCGGCGUCUUCCCCCUCCGCCUCCAUGCCGUCCCCGUCCUCCUCCUCCUCCCCCCACCGGAAGCUCCUCCACUCCUUGAUUUGCUGGGCGGUGCAGCGGUGCCGGAUGUCGGAGUCGCCGUGCCGGCUCGCGGUCUCCCUCAAGGGCCCCUCGGACCCCGCCGCGUCCUCGGCCCUGCGCGUGUCCGUUUCGGACACUGGAGUCGGGAGCAAGCUGGAGGAGUUCCUGGAGCUGGAUGCCCUGGCGCGCGAGACCCCCGUGGAGAAAUGGGAUGGUACCCUCGUAAUCACAACUACUGGAAUCAAUGAUAAAGCUAUUUAUCAUUAUCGAUUUAAUCUUCAUGAAAGCGUAUCUUCAAGUACAAGAUUCAGCAAGAUGGCUACCACAUACAAGAAUAAUGCAAAAUUCAGUGGAACUGAAGUAUGCCUUUGCCUUUCAAAUGACGCUGAUAUUGAUGACUUCGUAUUAUGGCUGGUUGGUUUUGCACGCAAGAUAGACGUGCUAAGAGCAGCUAACUUAGCAAUUGAGCUCUCCAUUGAGCAAACAAUAAGUGCUGGAUCAAGAAAUGUUUUUCUGCCAAAUGAAUCUGAUGAUACCCAUCUUUCUAUUGCCACAUCAAGUAUUGAGCGGCUAGUUUCUGGUCUUGAAGAUUAUGCACUCUCACAUGGGAACACAUGUGACAAGUGUGAUGCAUGUUGUAUGAAUAGAGAUCGUCUGAAGGCCGGAACUGGAUCUGCCAAGAAUUCAGACAGAAGAAGAGAUAAAGGGCUACUUGUUGAAAUAGCCAUAAUGGUUGCGCAUACUGCAUCUGAUCUGAGUUGCUGGAUGGUUAAUUGUUCAUCUACUCAGGUUUUGCAUUUUCAGGACUUCAUACCCUGCCCCAUUUCACAGUCAUCCUUCAAUGUGCUCAUGAGUAUGGACUGGCAAAGCUUCGGUUUCAAGUUAAAAGGAGGUUUCAUGGAUGACGAAGGAAAUGCUGUGCUUGAGUGGGAUAACCUGACAUUUGCUCGUGUUGAUAUUGCCAUUCACACUUACCAUGGAAUAGUACAAGAAUGGCAGAGAUCUGAACCAGAUAAAUAUGUUGUGAGGAAGGCACUUAAGCUUGCAUUGCAUAACCUGAAAGCAGAUCAUGCUGGAGAGUUUAUCAGUUGUCAUGGAAAGAAGAUCCUCGAAUACGUCCCCGACCUCGCGCAGUCGAUCGCCGGCCUGAUCUCGUCGUCCAACGACCGAGAGUUCCGAGACGAAUGCGCCGCACUCCUCGGGCUGGGCUCCGGUCAAGACGUCUCGGAAGGGGCGGUCAGGUCCUGCAUCAGCGACAAGAUGGCCCGCAUCAUAGAGAUGGGCGACGGCAAGGAGAAAGCCGACGACAGCGCGCCGCCCUACCUGUUCGAGUGCGAGAAGCUGGAUGAAGACAGCCCGCUGCCGGACGAAGAGGAUGGAGACGAGGACAUGAUUUUUGAUUUCUAGCAUCGUAGUCAACUAGGAGUAUGAUAUGACAGCCCUGCUAGAUAAGUUUAUAUACGCUGAUGACAAGUGUCGCUGCUUCCUUCUCCCGUAUGCAAAAUGUAUAAACAUCACGUAUAUGUCGUACUAGAUGUUACCAUGUUUUGCAUGAAUUUGGUUAAAUUCAAACAGAUUUGACCUGGA